AUGGCGAUGGCUGACUUGUUCGCCGGCGAGGAGAUCAAGAAGAUGUUGAGAGCCUUUGCGGCUACCAAUUCUUUUGACUACAAGAAAUUCUUUGAGGUGUUGGGAUUGAAAAAGAAAAGCCUCCAAGAACUGAAAAUGUUUUUUAGCAUUCUGGAUACAGAUAAAAAUGGCUAUCUUGAACCCGGUGAAAUACAGUUCAUGUUGCAGAUUUUUUCCCCCAAUAGCAGGCAUCUCACUGAUAAAGAAACCCAGGAAUUUAUGAGUGCUGGAGAUAAAGAUGAGGAUGGCAAAAUAGGUAUUGAUGAAAUUAUGCAUGUCUGGAAGGUACCUUAUGCACAGCCUUUGCAGCUAUUUCAUCCAGAGGCAGAGAAUAGCCAAUCAGUUCUAGAACAGACAAUAGUGCAUGUCUACCAGCAGUACCACUGCUUGUGUCCUGGUCACCUCCUGAGUGGACUACUGAAAUGCACUCUAUAUGGGGCUGCCCUUGAAGAAUAUUUGGAAGCUUCAAAAUGUGGUACAAAGGGUGACACUGCAAACAGUUACGUGUGCCUCCAGAAAGGAACAAUAUGA